AUCGGAGUGAGUGAGUGAGUCCAGCUCCUCCUCUUCAUGCCGUCGUCGAUUCCGGUGCUCUCCCCAACGGAGUCAUCUAAAUUUAGAAUCCCACUCACUCAUCACUCGUUGUGACUGCCAUCGAGAUGCACUCUUCGUCGUCUGACCCCGCGGAGAGUGGUGCUGGUUCUCUCGCUCCUAGGUGCCCUCCCAGUUAUGGAACCUCUCCUCCUCCUCGCUUCCCUUCCGCAAUCGUCACUCCGCUCAGUGGCACACUUGCUGCAAACGCAACGUCUGCUUCAUCGUUUGCUUUGCAAUUGAGUUUGCGGUCCGGAAUAGAGCGGUCGCCUUGGAUCGGGUCAAUGGCAUCCCCGAAACCGGCAUUUGGGUGUUGUUUGUCAUCCCCUAGUGCGCCUCACCAAAACGGUUGCGGACUGGUGGAAGAAGAGUUCGAGAAAGCCAUUAGAGGAAGGAAGGUGAAGGCAAUGAAUGCUGCUGACUUGGCAACUUUUUUGAUAAACACGCAAUGCGAGAAAAGCAUGACUGAAGAUCGAGCGACAACCUUGAUGACAGAUUUCAAUAGAGUAGUGAUGAAGUCGGAUAGCUCGCGCCACUUCAGGAUUCCAGGAUUCAGUGGGAGUUCGAGACUUUCCCGCAGCUCGAGACACGCUACCCCAGCGCCUGAGCAACCUCCUACAUUCGAUUUCCCUACCUUUCUCAGGUUUCUUUGGCAUCCUGAUUUUAAUGGACCUCAAGCAGCAAAAUCUAGCACACCAACGGAUGAUAUGAAUAGGCCACUGUCAGAUUAUUACAUCUCUGCGAGCCACAAUACGUAUUUGAGUGGCAAUCAGUUAUGGGGACGGUGCAGCACCACUCCUAUUAUAAAAGCUCUAGAGGAAGGAUGUCGUGUAAUCGAGCUUGAUUGCUGGAAUGGCACUGGUUUGAAUAUUGAUGUUCUUCAUGGCGGGACUUUGACAAAGCCAGUGUCAUUUCAAGAAUGCGUGACGGCAAUAAAGAACCAUGCAUUUCAGUAUUCUGACUACCCCGUCAUUGUUACAAUUGAAAAUCACUUGGAUCAUGAGCACCAAAAGGAAGCUGCAAAGGUGCUGCAUGAGAUACUUGGCCAGAGGAUGAUGUUUGUUCCUCCUCCCACUGAACGACCACCCAAAUUGUUCCGACAUCCUGAACAGCUGAAGAAUAAAAUCAUCAUCUCUGACAAACCUCCGGGUCUCCCACUUCUAACGCAGAUAGUGGAAGACCGUGAAUUUGCAGAGGAAAUUAUAAAGAAAGAAAUUAUUGGGAGCGACAGCGAAGACGGCGAAGACGGCGAAGACGAAAAUGAGCACUCACGGAAAUGUAUGAAAAAAGUUCUUACACGUCAAGACCAAAUAUCUAGAAGCAGGACGCUGCAACCGACCUCAUCUCAAGAUACUGACGAUUCCAGUUCUGAGUUCGAUCCGGAAUUCGACAAGUUACUGUAUAUACAUUGUCAGAAGCCUAAUGAGAUGGAGAAUGAUCAUGUGAAGGGCGGCCCAUUGAAAAUAGGCAAAGUUGCAAUUAUGGCCAACUUGAGUGAACCUCAGCUCAACGCUCAAGUUAAAGAUCACCCGGAUUCUUUGAUAGAGUUCUCAAAGCGCAAUUUGGGUAGAGUGUAUCCAUUUGGGCUGCGGAUUGAUUCGUCAAAUGGAGAUCCUAUGUAUGCUUGGGAACAUGGUGUUCAAAUUGCAGCUAUCAAUUGGCAAGGAUGCGAUUGGCCUGUAUGGAUAUCCAAAGCACUCUUUAGUAAGAAUGGUGGUUGCGGCUAUGUCAAGAAGCCUGCUGUUCUUUUACCUGAAUCUAAACAUGACCAUCGAAGUCUGAAGGACAUUAAACCAAAACUUGAACUUAAGGUGAAAUUUCUGUUGGGGUAUGUGUGGCAAAAGAAGUACGCUUCCAGAAGGCGAGGCUAUUUUGUCAGGGUUACGAUACACGGCAUGCAUGGAGAUAAACAAAAGAAGAGAACACGGGUCAUUAAACAGUCUCCGAACCCUAGCUGGGAAGAUCAGGAGUUGGAAUUUCAAAUAAGAGUACCGGAGCUGGCAGUACUCAGAGUAGAACUGAAGAGACGUGACAGAAUGAUCCGGAAUGGUUGGGUUGGUCAAUGCUGUGUACCGGUCACCGAGCUCCUACAGGGGAUCCGUACUAUGAGAUUGGCGGCUAGAAAUGGGGACCACCGGAGAUCGAAGCUUUUGUGCUAUUUUGAGAAGAAGCUCUUGUGAACAAUUGUACAUUGAAAACAUAGAAGAGUUCAACUUCUCUCAACAUUGAUUAGUUAGACUUAUACUAGUUAGAAUAGCUCCUCGAAGUAGAACAAAAGCCCCGUAUCAUUACUUUACUCAUUGAAUAAUUUGUAAGGCUAUCAGAGGCAAUCUUUCUACAAUAUCACUCACUAUAGCUGCAUACAAUAAACACGCGUGCAACAACCGCAGAGUAUAACAAGGCCAACAGUAAUCCGUACUCGCACGUUUGUUUCGACUAUGCAGAGCCUAUUUUUCGAACAAUUUUCAAAAACAUUACCAAUAAAAAUAGAACGUGUUGUAACAA